AUACUCCAUCUAUCUUAAUUAACUUAAUGUUAGCGAACAUAGCAAAAAGGUGUCGGUUAGCAUCUGUGAACCCAAGAGAACAGGCUGUCAACGGCGGUUUAUUCUUUUCAAUUGAAAAGUAUUAUUAAUCAUAACUGAAACAAGUGAAUAAGGUUAUUUAUUUUCCUAUAUACGCAUCGUUUCUUUUAAAAAAAAGGUUGUUGAUACAUCGGCUAACGUUUAUAAUAUCCUACUGAGUGUAUACGAACGGUUCAACUCGUCUAAUAGAACAUAUGCACCCAGGUACAAAAACCGCGAUCAAGGAGAUCACCGUUUAUGCUUUGGCAUUCGGUUGUUCCUGGUAUGCAGCUCGUAAGCUGCUUUCUUCUUUGGAUCCUUACCGUCAAAAACAACAAGAUACAGUCUCAAAGAGUCGCCAGAAAUUGGAAGACUGGGCAGAAGAACAUGUUCGAGAAAUUGAAACGGUUGAAUUGGAUGAGUAUGAACAAAUGGUGGCAUCUCAGUUAGUCUUGCCAAGCGAAAUCAAUGUAGCUUUUGGCGACAUCGCUGGGAUGGACGAGCAUGUGAAUCAUUUGUUUCAAGACGUUUUAUUUCCUUUAAAAUAUCCAGAAGUUUUUAAUACGCAUAGUGACCUUCUGUCAUCCCCAAAGGGCCUCCUCUUGUAUGGACCUCCGGGCUGCGGUAAAACCAUGUUGGCAAAAGCCUUGGCAAAGCAAAGCAAUGCUACAUUCAUCAAUGUUAGCGUAGGUCUUUUAACGGAUAAAUGGUUUGGGGAGUCGAAUAAGCUUGUGGAUGCACUAUUUUCUCUUGCUCGAAAGUUAGAACCCUCUAUUAUCUUCAUUGACGAGAUUGAUACUUUUCUGAGACAACGACAGCGUACCGAUCAUGAGGCUAUGGCUCAAAUUAAGGCGGAAUUUAUGUCUAUGUGGGAUGGUCUCUUAUCCGGUGAAUCUAGGGUUCUAGUACUUGGAGCUACAAAUCGUCCUGGAGACAUUGACGAAGCAAUUCGUCGUCGAAUGCCAAAGGUUUACUCUAUCCCAUUACCCACCUCUAGUCAAAGGAGAAAAAUUUUGGAAUUGUAUCUUAAAAACGUAAAAUUGGAUGAAAACUUUGAUUGGAAUGCUGUCGUCGCUUCAACAGCAGGUUUAUCGGGCUCUUAUAUCAAAGAAGCUUGCCGCUCCGCAUUAUCUGUCCCACGACGGGAAUUGUUCGCGAUUUUUGGAAAUGAUUUAGAUAAAAUAAAAGCAGAAAUCGACAAUGGUGGACUGCGUCCUUUAAGAGCAGAAGAUUUUAUCGCUCGGGAUUCCUUAGAAGGAUUAUCUAUAGACGUCGAAUAGACUCUACAACAUAAUAUUAAGUGCAUAUUAGGUUACAAUUUUAUCGGAUUUAACAAAGCAUAUGCCUACUUAGAAACAUUUACAGGAAGCGUUAAUCGCACCAUGUUGGGUAGUCUGCUUGCUUUUUUUACUUCUCGUACAGUAGGAUAUCAAUUUUACAUACUAAAAAAAAAUACA